AUGUUAUUGAUGAAUUUUGUUGCUAAAAAAUGUCAUUCUUUUGUAGAUGCAUCAAAUACCAAACCAGAGCUUGAGUCAGAAGUGUCAUAUACGGAGAAAUCCGAUGAAUUAAUUUCUGAUAUUGAUGUCAAUCUAUCAUCUAUCAAUGAAUUUCAAAUGAGUAAUUCAAAUAAUGACAAUAACUCAAACAUCGAAGACAAUUCAUGCUUAGUUUUUGAGCGUUCAAUUAUCGAUGAAAAACAAAGACAUUUUACUAUAAAAACAAGUCAAAUUAGUAUUUGUUCGGAAUCAAAACAUGUUCUAUGUGAAGUAAAGUCAACCAUUGGUUUUCAUUCUCAAGAAAUUUGUUAUCAAAAGCCACUAACACUUGGUUUACCUGCAGUAAUAUCAAAUUAUUUAACAAAUGAAUUAUGUGUAUCUGUUUGUGAAACAUUGGGAACACGUUUAGCUAUUAUUAAUAUGAAUAAAUGUUAUUGUGUCCGUAAUAGUGCUGAGCAAGUUACUAGUGACAACACCAAUUAUAUAAAUUAUAGAACUAAAAAUUGUGGCAAUCCUUGUUCAGGAAAUGAAAAUCAACGCUGUGGCAACACAGAUACAGUCGUUGUCCUGGAUGUGUAUAGAAAUCAAUAUUUAUUGCAACAACAAAAACCAUAUUCAGCAUUGAUAUCAGAUACUGAUUUCGUUUACGACAGUUGUGUAUAUUUCAAUUCUAAAAGUUCAUCAAGAAUAUAUCAAUUCAAUUUACUUCAUAAACACGAUGUUCACCCACAUUAUUGUCUAGAAUUGUGCGCUAAAUAUCAGCAACAAUAUGCUCUGCUUAAUUCAAAUAGAUGUUUAUGUACAAAUAUCCAAAUGAAAAAAGACCUAAACAAGGAAGCAUAUCGAUUUAUACUACAAGAUUUUCCUUGUAAUCAACACUGUUUAGGUAACUACUUUUAUUCAUGUGGUAGCAGUAGCAAUUCAACAAUCUAUUCAGUCUAUACUAGAAGCUCAGAAUGCCCAUAUGGUUUUCAGAUUAUUGGCGGUAAACGUCCAUGUGUUCAUCUAGGGAAAUUAGUAAGAAAUAAUUCUUACACAACGGCACAAUCUUAUUGUAAAUCUAUGGGUGGAGUACUGGCAAAAAUAAAUGAUAUUGUAGAAAUUCAAGAUCUCCUACCUCAAUAUAUGUUAGGAAAAGGUUAUUUUGAUAAAUAUCCAUUUUCCAACUCUCAAAAAAUAGAUGACAUGGUUACACAUUUUUGGAUUGAUCGAGUAUCACAUAUGUUAAGCGACAGUAAGAUAUCCGAUCGUUUGAUUAGCAAAUGUUUUAACACAUCAAAAUCAAUUGAUCGAAAUUGUAUCGCUCUCGAUUAUGAACGAGUUCUAAUUGACGGUGUGACUGCUGUUAUAGAAUGUUUUUCUGAAUCAGAUCAGUGUUCGUUGACAUCUACAAUACCUGUCUGUGUUGACAAAAAUCUAGAAUCUCAUUUGAGCAUAAUGCCUUCAAUGGAAAAUGGUGAUUUAUCGAACAUAAAAGUUAAUAUAUCCACAGAUUAUUUAUGUGGCAAUGAUACAGAUUAUCAUUUAAUCGGAGAUUAUUGUUAUAAAGUAUUAUUACACGAAACAACUUGGCAUGAAGCAAAAGCUGAAUGUGAACGUGAGAAAGCUAAGCUAUUUUUACCUGAGAAAGGUGAAAUAAGCUAUUUAGUAGAGCAAUUAUUUUUGCAUCGACGUAGUUACACAUCAUCUGAUAUUGCACAUAUUGAUGUAUUUUAUGACAAUCAAAAUCUUACUACUACGCAAUGUCAAACUAGUAGUACAAGUAGUUUUAAACCAGUGUUCAAUCUCGAUGCAGUUGAUCGUUCGUGCAAAAUUUCAUUGUUUGGGGAUUAUUCCAUUUUAUUUCCAUUUCCAUGUAAAAUAAGGGAAGUUAUAGACAGAUCGAAGACUCAUAAAAUUGCUUGUGGAUAUAUUGAUUUUCAAUGGUGCGAUUUACGGCGGCUUUCAUGUAAUCAAGAAUCCUGCAAUCGAUCAGCAACUGUAAUAUGUCAAAAAUCACCGACUAUAAUAACUCAUGUUAUUACAGCAAAAAGGUUAGUGAUAAUUAAUAUUGAUAUUUUCCCUUUCGGAUUAUACUAUCUGUAAAAGCACGUUGAAAAACAUGUAAAUAAAAAAAAACAAUUAUUAUGUAUUUCAAUGAUUAUACUGAAUAACAUUUUACAGCUUUCGCAAGAAAGUUAAUUUGUCAGCAAAUAUUAUCUAAUAUAAUUAUAAUGCACUUCGAAGAUUAGUAAUGGUCAGAAUGGAAUAUAGUUCAGGAAAAUAAAAGUGCACUUAUUUCUAAACGAUGACUAUAAAAUUUUCUACACAUGUCUCGAAGCAUUAGAUUGAGUAAAAUCAAUAGCCUAGCUGUCAAUGUCUCUAUGUCUCUGUAUUCUAAUUCUAUCGCUGAUGAUUAGUAUAAUAGUAGCAGGAUACAAAUAUAAAAAGUAAUGCUGCUCUUGUAGAAUAAUAAAUUGCAUGAUUGAGAAAUUUUUCGAGUUCGUUUGCUACAUAAGAAUAUGUAUUGUGUGCAGGGUACGUAAAAAUGUUUUUCCAAGGGGGGGGGGGGGGGGGGGG